AUGAAUACAUCUAGAAAAUCAUAUAGUUGGCAUUUUGGUAAAUUACCACGAAUACAAGCUGAACAGUUACUUAAUAAUGAAUGUAUUGGAACAUUUCUUAUACGUGAAAGUGAACAUUUUCCAGGAGAUUUAACAUUAUCAAUUAAAGAUGAAACGAAAAUUCAACAUUAUAGAAUUAAAUAUGAUUUAAUAAAUGAAACUUAUACAAUUGAUGAUGAAAUAUUCUUUCCUAAUCUUCAUCUACUUGUUCAGCAUUAUGGAUUUGAUGCUGAUGGUCUAUGCUGUCGUUUAGAAAAACCUUUGAGUAACAAGCGCGAUACUAUUGAUUCGAUGAAAAUAGAAAAAAUAGUACCGCCUACUGUAACGGUUUUAUCGCCAACAUCAUCAAUGAUUGAUUAUAAUGAAUUGCAAAUUGGAAAACUUGUUGGAUCUGGAGAAUUUGCUGAAGUUUAUGAAGGGACAUACAGAAAAUCUCGUGUUGCAGUGAAAAUAUUAAAAGAACCAAAUUCUACCACAAACUUUCUUCAUGAAGCUGAUAUAAUGAGUUCAUUGAAACAUCGAAAUCUCGUGCAACUUUUGGGCAUAGCUCGAAAAUCAGAUAAUGUUAUCUAUUUAGUUACUGAAUUCAUGACUAAAGGUUCACUUCUUCAUUAUUUAACAACGCGUGGUAGAUCAGUGAUUUCUCAAAGCGAUUUAGUUGGUUUUGCUAUUGAUGCAUGUGAAGGUUUAUCUUAUUUGGAGCAAAAUCAUAUUGUUCAUCGGGACAUUGCAGCAAGCAAUGUAUUAAUUGCUGAUGAUAACACAGCUAAGUUAUCAGACUUUGGUUUAGCUAAAUCCUUAGAUACAUCAGGAAAAGAAAAUGGAAAUAAUAUUAUUACAGAAAAAAUAAAAUGUCGAACAAAAUGGACUGCACCUGAAGUACUUGAGUCAAAAAAAUAUACACAUAAAAGUGAUAUGUGGUCUUAUGGUAUUCUUCUUUGGGAAAUAUUUUCUUACGGACGAUGUCCUUAUCCUCGUAUACCUUCUGAUGAUGUUUUGAUCAAUUUAAAACAGGGAUAUCGAAUGGUACCACCAGAUGGUUGUCCAACAGAAAUUGGUGAUAUUAUGCGUCAAGCUUGGCAUGGUGACUCUGAUCGACGACCACCAUUUACCCAAGUACUUGAACGACUUAAACGUGUGAAUAUAUCAUUUUAA